UGUCUUCAGCAGCGCUGUCGCAAUAGCGCCCCGCUGUCGCCGAGCUUUACGGUAGUGCCGUAAAGCGGAUCGGCAAGGCGGCCAGCUGAGGUGGUUGCUGGAGAAGCCAGGGCCGCCAUGGACCGGAGGAAGAAGCCGCUGGAUGUGGCCGCCUCCUCGUUGGUAGAUCUCAAAGCAGAACUCUUCCGAAAGCAAGAACAAUUUAAGAAAGAAAAGAUAUUGAAAGAAGCUGGCAUCUUUGCAAAGUCCAAAACUGCUAACAAGAAACCAAGUAUCUGGAACAAGCAAAACACAGGGGUUGCAAAUCGAGCCGAGAAAGAUGUUGAGCAGAAGAUAGAAGAGGAGCAUAUAUUAGAUAAAUCAAGGAAGAAACUAGAAGAGAAAGCAAAGCUGUAUGAGAAAAUGACAAAAGGCGACUUUCCAGAUGAAGAAACUGAGGAUUUGUACCUAGUGGAUUUUACUCAGAAGAUCAUAGACAAACAGCACGAAGUACAGGAGCUGCAUCAGAGUGAAGCUGUUAAAAAGACUUCAGAAAAAGAGACAGAUGAUGAGGAAACUCAACCUGAAAUGGAAGUACCACCACCAGAGGACCCAGAUGAAGAAUGGGUUGAUUAUGUUGAUUUCUUGGGCCGAUCUAGACGCUGUAUGAAGAAGGAUUUGCCAAGUCUGCUUAAAAUGGAUCAGGAACUUCAAGGGAAAAGACAAGUUCCAGAUGGGAAUACCCUUUUAUCUGAAGACAUGAGAAGAGAACUUCAGAGACAGCAGUGGGAAAAAGAAGAAGAAGAAGCCCUCAGAAAACCCAUGGGACCUAUACAUUAUGAGGACAUUCGAGAAAAUGAGGCCAGACAGCUUGGUGUUGGUUACUUUGCUUUUUCUCGUGACAAAGAACUUAGGGAUAAACAACGGGCAACACUGGAUAUGCUAAGAGAGCAGACACUUGAUCAGAGAACUAAACGUGAACAGUUAAAAGAAAAACGGAAGGCAGCUCUAGAUGCAAGGCUGUCUAAACUUCGAGCACGGAAGAUUAAGAAAUUACGGGAAGCUGGAUUAGAGGAAGAGGCAGAAAAAUUGGAGAAAGGAGGAGAGGUGAAAGAUGUUACUGCUGAACCGGAAGCUCCAAGAGUUCCUGCAGCGAGUAGAAAAGUAGAAGUUGUCAUUCAGGAGAGAAGAGAUACAAAGCCUGGCGUGCCUUAUGUUAGAGAGUGGGAUAAAGGCAAAGAGCUGAUGUUUGGACAAUGGUCAAAGAAACAGGAAGAACUCAGAGACGAGCGAGAUCCAGAGUUUGCGCCACCUUCUGAUUACUUUAUGGGACAAAAGAAAGAUGACAGUUACAGGAGUCGGAAUUUGAACAGUCCUGAGACUUCCUCUGAAAAAUUAGAAGCGGAGACAGUCCAAAACCAACAGAUGCCAUCAGCACAGGCUAACGGCAGCAGCACUGAAGAUGUACCACCAUCAGUGCAGGCUCACCAUAGCAAUGGUCAAGAUGAGUCAGCAUCAGCAGAGGCCUGUGGCAGUGGCACUCAAGAUGCACAGUCAUCAACAGAGGAUGACAGCAGCGAUGAUGAGGAUAUGCUGUCAUCGGCACAGGCUUAUGGCUAUGGUCCCCAUGGUAUACCACCACCAAUUCAGGUUUACGGCUAUGGUGCCCAUGGUGUACCACCACCAAUGCAGGCUUAUGGCUGUAGCACUCAUGAUAUGCCAUUUCCGAUGCAGGCCUAUGGCUACAGCACUCAAGGUAUGCUGCCACCAAUGCACCCUUACGGCUACAGCACUCAUGACAUGCCAUUCCCAAUGCAGGCUUACGGCUACGGCACCCAAGAUGUGCCACCACCAGUGCACAACUACUGCUGUGGCACCCAAGAUGUCAUGCCUUCAAUGCAGGCCUGUGGCUGCGGCACGCAAGAUGUCGCAUCUUCAGUUCAGGCCUGUGCCUGCAGCACCCAAGAUGUGGCAUCUUCAGCACAGGCUUGCGGCUGCAGCCCUCAAGAUGUGGCAUCCUCAGUGGAGACCUGUGGCUGCAGCACUGAAGAUGUGGCAUCUUCUGCACAGACCGAGAGCAAUGACACUCAAAAUCAGGAGCCACUUUACCAAAGUCUAGAUGAUAUGCUGUCUUAUUACAGACAAGUGACUUGAACUGAGCAAAUAGAUAAGCAAGAAUUUAAGAACUAAGUAGAAUUAUCUUCCCAGCGAGAAUGUUAUUUUCCUACAUCUGGGAAAAACAAAUUUCUGUACAUAGAUCAAAAUAAAUCUCCUGGAGACCUAAGCCAGUUUAUAUCACAGCUGUAUUAUAUCCCUGUUUGUUCCUUUUUUUUUUUCCCUUCUCUUUUAAAAUUAUGUGGAGUUUUGGGGCAGUACUUAUUUAGUUUAGUACAUAUUUCACUUUAACUCUUUGCCAUUUAUACCUUAAUGUUGGGAUAUAUUAAUGGCUUUCUUUCCAACGGUGAACUCUUCCUUUACUCUGUGACUCCUCAGACGGCUUCUGGUGUGGACAUGCUGCAAGGUCAGUGAUAUCCGUAGAAGCAGUGUUGGAAUGGCAGGCCCUCUGCUGCCAAGUACAGAACAAUUUCAGGGAAUUUGUUACCUUCUUCAUCUCCUGCCUUUAGGAAGUGCAGAAUAUUAUCUAGUGAAGGGUGGUGUUUCACAUGGUUGUAAUUGCUUCUGCAUUCCUGAGGUCUGUAUAUAACUCAUAAUUCUGUGAAGCAACUUAAAGUGGAGAGAGGCACUGCAGAAAUCGAUAAAUAAUGAUGGGUAGACUAAGAAUAAACGCUUCACUGAAGCAGCAGUCUUGACACCUGAAACUACUGUCAUACCGGUUUAGAAAAUGCUCUCGUAAUUUUCCAAGUGCAUUUUUCUUGCAUCAUCUGUUAUACUUAUGACUUUAAUUUAGUCAAUACUUUUUUUUCUGACAACUGUGAUACCGGAGUCAUAUAAAAGCAGAAUGUCCUCUUGCCAAACAAGCUUGUAUUUCAGAAUCUUAGUAAAUAAGAAUGCUACUUAUUUACCAUGUAGCAUACUUUUAUUUUUGAAGGUAAUUUAGAUACUCCUAUUUAUAUCUUAGAAGCUCAUACAAGGAUAAGACCUAGAAAAGCAGGUUACAAUGGGUGUAGACUCUCUCAAGUAAAUGACAGUGAUAAUCUCAUUUGAAUGAAAUGGUGACUAGCCAAAGAGAUAGAGAGAACGUGCUAUUCUUGUGUUCUCCAGUCAGAUCUUGGGCUGCUUUGCUAAGCCUUGUGAACAGCAAUGUGUUCAAGGUGACUGAGCAAGCUUAGCAACAUGUAGAACACGUUCACUGUCCCCAAACUCCAUUAUAACCUCAGCAAGUAAACACACUUCCAUCUCUUGUCUUUCCUGUAUCACUUGCUUUUGCACAUGGCUUUGCAGAGCAGGAAUAACACCCCACAAGGGCACUAGUGGUACCAUUUUAAAGGCACAAAAUGCCCCAGUCUUUUGGCUUCACCACAUGGUUAAAAGAUUGGAGCUCAAUGAUGACUUUGGGGUUUGGUUUCUCUCAGCAGACCUAGAACUUCAGGACAAUAAGGCACUAUUAAUAGCCAUGUUCACCUGAAAGGUAUGGAAAGCUUAGCAGCAGCUCAUUGAUUUUGCUGCUGCUGACACUCAUCUAAACUUGCUGUUGUGUGUGGCAUUAGGAAGUGUAUUUCUUCCUUCCCUUGAAUAUCUUCAAGAACCUGAAAAUAAAUAAUGAUCAUAUACUAAUGACUGAAAGGAAAAGGAGGAUGUUACAAACCCAUUGUGUGCUUACCAAAUGCGAGAGCGUCAUCACCCGGGUUUUUCAAUAUGCAGAUUUUUUUCCUUACAGAUUUGGUACAAUCUCCAUGAGGUGGCAGUCUAGCCUUAGGAAUUUCGUAGAAGUACUGCCAGCACUCAAAAAGAAGUGGUCAAAACACAGGUUUCAAAUUUGACUAGUAAGGAAAACCAUCUUCUUGCAGUGCCACCAGUUGUUGAUCUUGCAUGCAGAAAUGAAUGUUAGAUGUUGUCAUGUUCAUAAAGAAGUGUUUGGUUGCCUACACAGUAGGCAAAAGCUGGUUGCUAAAGCUAGAGUUAGUUGUAAAAACUAAUACUUCUAUAGUACUAGACUGCUUUGGGUGAAUUUCCUAGGUAUCCACUAUCAAAUCCCACUGCUGUACCUCACUGAGGGAAUCACCAUCUUUCUCCUCAUGCUUAACUGUGAUCCGUUGGAAUAGUUGAACAUGUCUAAUAUCAUGUCGAUAGAGUGACUUAACAGGGCAGCCUGGUUGUUAAAGCACAAGAAAUAAAGGACCUCACUAGAUUCUUACCGUCAGUCUGGGAAAGCUUUGUUCAAAUGGUGUAACUUUUGUGCAUAUGAGUGAGCGAAUGGUAUGUUUGGACACAAAAUAGCUUAGCUGUAUGUUGGAAUAAACACUGGAAUUAACAUCUAAGAUUUCAGUUGUAGCA